GUGAUCGACACGAACCGUAAUCCGUAUGCAAUUUAGGUUAGACUGGCAAUUUCCAACGCAUGCGCAAACGGGCCGAGGUGCACUAUCUCUACCGUUCUGACUCUGUUCCGUACCAUGUGACUUCAGCCUUAUGAAAGAAAGCGAUAAAUCAAAACUUUCGCGAAAAUUUUUGGAAAUGGCGGAUUUACAUGUGAUUUCCUUGAAAAGGUUAAUCUCCAAACUUCGCCGUCAAAACUUUAUCUUGGUGUACUUGUUCGAGUUACGUACGAGAGGUUAGGUUUGACGUCGCGGUAUCGUCUGGUGUGCCUAAUGAAGAGAGAGAGUUGCCGUCCUGGAGGUACGUCGUUGUUCGUCGUUCGCGGCAGGACGGGUUAUAAUCUGUCGACGUAAACCUGACACGUACGAUCCACGAAGAUACUUCAAGUCGCAUGAUCGUUCUCGUUCGCGGCGCGAACCUGCGAAUAUCACGUCGGCAUUUCGGAGUACCUCCUAGCAUAUCGCGCCGAACACGUCGCCAGUGUCACUGGAUGCUCCAAUCUUGCGGCGAGGAUCGAGGCUGCGGGAGCGAGCAACGAUGCCCAACGGAGCGAAUUUGGGGUAUACCUGCGUAAAUGAUCUCGUGAAGCAGACGAGAGUCAAUUGUGCGGAGAAGAAGCCACGCAGCGUGUACCAGAGGCUUCCCACUAUGCACCAGAAGUUCGAGAUGGCGAAGAAGAAUGGUGACUACAAGACUGCGUAUAUCCUCUUGAAGAGAUGGUUGGACACGGUCAAGUGGCUGAAGAAAACUCAGGAUUACAAGGACCGCAAGUCCAUCUAUUCCACCAACAUGACCAUUGAUCAGAUAAAUGAAGUGAAAAAUAUACUUGCAGACUUGAGGCAAAAGUUAGAGAUACGCUAUGAGCAUAGUUCUAGGAAGCACAACGACACGGUGGAGAAAAUGGAGGGGGACAGGUAUUUAAUCAUCGACGUCAGGCAGAAGGCUCAUUAUGAUGGUUCCAAAAUUAUGUUCGACAAGUGCAUCAACAUUCCACAAUCGGAAAUUAAACCGGGAAAGCUGGGCUACAAGUUCGCGGACUGCUUUCACAAGGAUAAGCAGUCAUUCGAUUUAUUUAAGCAUCGGUCGGCGCAGCACGUGGACGUAAUAAUUCUGGUGAACUGGAACACUACGUAGGAAACUUUGACGACCAGCACUUAUCUGAACAUACUGAAGGACAUUUUCGAGAAAUGUGAUCCCGGCACAAAGUAUAAGAAGAUCAAGAUCCUCAACGGAGGCUACCAAGAGUGGCUGAUGACGUAUCCGACGUUUACAACGAAUUCCAAUGUGGCUGUGCCCGGGUUCAACGACGUCGCGAACGCGCAACAAUUUGAGAACCCGGACGCGCCAUGCGGACCCACCCGCCACCCUGACGCGAAAAUUGUUUUUAUUUAUAUGCGAAAUUAAUUUAGCUUACUAUAUGGCAAAUUGUGUUUAUUUUUUGCUUAUUGGCUUUUAUUAUAUUUGUGUGUAUUGUAUCUGUGAUUACUGGCUUUGUUACACUUGCGUACACUUUUAUCUUAUUUCUGUUAUUACUUGUUAAUAAUAAUAUGUGUUGUAAUUUU